AUGGGCUUUCUCAAGAUUCCUGUGAUUGACAUGGUAGAUAUGAAACAAAGCACAUCUAGUAGUUCCAGCUGGUCUUCGGCAUGCAGUGAAGUGAGGCAUGCACUUGAAGAAUAUGGUUGUUUUUUGGUCGUUUGUGACACUGUUACUAAGGAAGCACGUAGGGAAGUAUUUGAUGCCUUAGAAACCCUAUUUGAUCUUCCGCUGGAAACAAAAAUAAAAAACACUUCCGAUAAGGCUUACCAUGGCUAUGUAGGCCAAAUCCCGUUUCUUCCACUGUUAGAAAGCAUGGGAAUUGAGCAUGCUACUAGUGUUAAUGCAGUUAAUAACUUCACAAAUGUUAUGUGGCCCUCUGGAAACGACAAUUUCUGUAGAAUGAUUCAGUCAUAUGCAAAACUAGUUUCUGAAAUUGAACAAAGCGUUAGGAAGAUGGCGUUUGAAAGCUAUGGAAUGCAUAGGUACCAUGAAUCCUACAAUGAAUCCGUGACAUAUCUUCUCAGAGUAAUGAAAUACAGACCCCCGAAUGGAGGCGAGACAAAAAUGGGUUCCAUUUCUCACACGGACAAGACAUUCAUAUCCAUACUCAACCAAAACCAAGUGAAGGGAUUAGAGGUUAAAUACAAGGACAACAACUGGAUCCAUGUGGAGUAUCCUCCUUCAUCUUUCUUGGUCAUGGCAGGUGAUGCAUUCAAGGCAUGGAGUAAUGACAGAGUGCACUCUCCUUAUCAUCGAGUAGUCAUGGAAGGGCAUGCAUAUAGAUACUCAAUAGGGUUAUUUACAUACCACAAAGGGAUCAUAUCAGUACCGGAAGAGUUAGUUGAUGAGGAGCACUCGAGAAAAUUCAAGUCAUUUGAUCAUUUUGGAUAUCUUGACUUCUACGACUACGACUCAUUGUUUGAGCAAGAAUACUGUCACAUUAAAUCAUAUUGUGGGGUGUGA